UGCUCUCUCCUGCCUAGAUGGACAACAUGGCCACGAUGCGAUGAGUAAUCUCUGUCUGGGUCGUUUGUUCAGAGAGCUAAACAUAACAUUGCAAAACAUCGAAACCCUCUAGAGCAAUGGGUUUAACGCAGAGCAGUGGUGCACCUGAGGGGGGAACAGAAGGAUUUCACGUCCAUGGGAUUCAACAGGACUCACCGGCAGCGAAAGCUGGUUUGGAGCCCUUUUUUGAUUUCAUCAUAUCCAUUGGCAAUAAUCGUCUUAAUCAGGAGAAUGAUUUGCUCAAGGACCUCCUCAAGGCUAAUGUGGAGAAACCAGUAAAGAUGGAAGUGUAUAGUACAAAGACCAUGAGGAUCCGGGAAUUGGAGGUGGUUCCCAGCAACAUGUGGGGUGGUCAAGGACUUCUGGGAGCCAGUGUCCGCUUCUGUAGCUUUCAAGGAGCCAAUGAAAAUGUUUGGCAUGUUCUGGAUGUGGAACCAAAUUCACCAGCAGCACUGGCUGGACUCCAGGAGCAUUCAGACUUCAUUGUUGGAGCUGACCAGGUUCUGCAAGAUUCAGAGGAUUUCUUCUCCCUAAUUGAAGCCCAUGAGGGAAAACCAUUGAAGUUGCUGGUCUACAAUACAGAAACCAAUAAAUGCAGGGAGGUGGUUGUCACACCAAAUGGUGCCUGGGGGGGAGAAGGCAGUCUUGGCUGUGGCAUUGGAUAUGGCUACCUGCACCGAAUCCCAGCACAACCUGACAGCCCAAAAUCUGAAAAAAUCAGUCCAAAAGCUUCUCCUGUGGCAGGGACGCCAGAGCAAGAAUUUCCUACAAACGGAUUCACAGAGGUGUCCUUAAUGGGGUCUGGUCAGUCAAUGAGUGGCUUGGAUCUUGAAACCCCACUGCCACCUCCCAUUCAGAGAGUCAUGGAUCCUGGUUUCUCGGAUCAGUCAGAAGUGGUCAUGAUGAAUUCAGAAGUGUCAGACAUGGCAGAUCGACUGGACCUAUCCACUUCUUCCAUUGACAUGACAAAUACAUCCCUAGCUGUCCGAGAGGACAUUGACGUAUCGGGUGUUGAGGAGCUUCAAGACCGAGAGUUUCCUUGUCGUGACCCUGAAGAGAAAAUUACAGAGGAGUAUCUUGCUGCGGAUUUCAGUUCCUCUAUUACACCACCUUCAGAUGUUUCUCCUCCCCUUUCUGUCUCACACCCUCUUCUCCCAAAUCAACCUCUCGAUCAUAGCAUGCCAACAGACAUGGCAUCUUUGAUGAAUUCUUCAAUCCCAUCUCUCGAAUCUUCCGUGCCUCCUAUAGACAUCUCUUCCCUGCUCAUUGAUCCCGCCGCCCUUCAUCUCGAGUCAUCUGCCUUGCCUGCAGAAUAUCCCAUGCAAACCAACGAGUCCUCACUUUCCCCCUCAGAAACUGAUGAUGUCAAUCAGGGUUUUUCUGAUGAGCCAAGUUUUCUGAAGAGCAGCUGGUCUGAGGGCAAAGCAGAGGCCAUUUCUUCUGACCUGAUGUCUUUUGAUUCUCAUAGUGCAGAUGUCAAAGGUGAAGCUGCUCUUCAGUAGUGUCACUAUCAAGUACCUUGUAUCUUGUUUACGCAGUUGCUCAACAAUCAUUGGGUGCGUGUUUUUCAAUGGCUUCAAUGGUCCUG